UCUGCGUGGAGCGGGCCCUCCCAGCUGCGGGCCGGACCCUGCAGCAGUAGCUCGAGCUGGCACCGAGACCGCAACUCCUCGUCCGGUCGCUUCCACGCACCCUACAGUCUUGUCCUUCACCGAGCUGGCUGGAGCCUAGCCGAUGAAUUUGGGGAAGAUAGACUUCCGAGACAGACAGACGAAGGUUUAGGGCCCAGCAGAGGACAGCUCGGCAAUGGCUCCCAUUUUUGGAGACGCAGGCGAAUUUGAGCUCAUGGGGAGGUGUGGUCGGCUCCUCUUGAGACAGGAUGGGGGCUUCAGUUCUCUGCCUCUGUAGCCAGUGCUUCUGAGGAGUAUUGAAUGCAGUGUAUGGAGCAGGGCACGUGCCUUCCCUUCUUGAAAACUUGACCCGGGACAUGUUUAGGAACAAAAGGUGUCCAGGACGGCCCUCUGUUGCAAGUCGUCUUUACUUCUGGGGGAAAGGCUAUGAGCUGCCUGGCUUCUCAUGACGGGGAAGCCUCCCUUACCUUUUCUGUACUCCUGGAGGGGCGUCUUGCUUACUUGUUUACCAGCAUCUGGGACAAAGAAGAGAAAAGAAAUGAGCCGUCAGACUGCAACAGCAUUACCUACUGGAACCUCAAAGUGUACACCAUCCCAGAGGGUACCUGCCCUGACUGGCACAACUGCGUCCAACAAUGACUUGGCGAGUCUUUUUGAGUGUCCGGUCUGCUUUGACUAUGUGUUACCACCCAUUCUUCAGUGUCAGAGUGGCCAUCUUGUUUGUAGCAACUGUCGCCCAAAGCUCACGUGUUGUCCAACAUGCCGGGGCCCGUUGGGAUCCAUUCGCAACUUGGCUAUGGAGAAGGUGGCCAAUUCAGUACUUUUCCCUUGUAAAUAUGCCUCUUCUGGAUGUGAAAUAACUCUGCCACACACAGAAAAAGCAGACCACGAAGAGCUCUGUGAGUUUAGGCCUUAUUCCUGUCCGUGCCCUGGUGCUUCCUGUAAAUGGCAAGGCUCUUUGGAUGCUGUAAUGCCGCAUCUGAUGCAUCAGCAUAAGUCUAUUACAACCCUACAGGGAGAGGAUAUAGUUUUCCUUGCUACAGACAUUAAUCUUCCUGGUGCUGUUGACUGGGUGAUGAUGCAGUCCUGUUUUGGCUUUCACUUCAUGUUAGUCUUGGAGAAACAGGAAAAAUACGAUGGUCACCAGCAAUUCUUUGCAAUUGUACAGCUGAUAGGAACACGCAAGCAAGCUGAAAAUUUUGCUUAUCGACUUGAGCUAAAUGGUCAUAGGCGGCGAUUGACUUGGGAAGCCACUCCUCGAUCUAUUCAUGAGGGAAUUGCAACAGCCAUUAUGAAUAGUGACUGCCUAGUCUUUGACACCAGCAUUGCACAGCUUUUUGCAGAAAAUGGCAAUUUAGGCAUCAAUGUAACUAUUUCCAUGUGUUGAAAUGGCAAUCAAACAUUUUCUGGCCAGUGUUUAAAACCGUUGCAUUCAAUUUCACAGAGAAUAAGGCACCUGUCUGCCUACCAACCAGAAGCUUUUGGUAGGUGGAAGCUAGAAACAGGAAGGUAAAUGAAAGGCUGUUAAAUACAGGAAACAGUUGCAUGUAGUAACACUAAUAUAUUUAAAAAUAAGUCAACAGUAAACCACUGAAAAUAAAAUAUAUAUAUAUGUGUGUGUGUGUAUAUAUAUAUAUAUAUAUAUAUACACACACACCCAAGAUGGGCAUCUUUUGUAUUAAGAAAGGAAGCAUUGUAAAAUAAUUCUGAAUUUGUGUUUGUUGUAGAUUGAGUGUACUGUUAAAAAAUAUUGGGUUCUUGUUUUUUUUGUUUUGUUUUUUUGUGUGUGUGCGUGAGUGUGUGUGUGUGUGUUUGGUUUUUUUUUUU